AAAACAACCAAAAUCGCUCAUUCAAAAUCUUCUUUUUGUUUUACCUGUAACGAAAAUCAAAAAAUCCGAAAAAAUGAAAUCAAUCUUUGUUGCUUUAUCAUUAUUAUUGAUUGUUUCGACAAUCGAAUGUACCCAGCGUGUAACAGUCGGUGUUUAUUAUGAAACAAUUUGCCCUGGUUGUCGUAGUCAUUUUAUUCAAGCAAUCGUACCAUUAAAAAAUCAAUUAGGACAAUAUGUUAAUAUCGAUCUUGUACCAUUUGGUAAUGCACAUUUCUAUUCAAAUGGACCACAAUGUCAACAUGGACAAUUAGAAUGUUAUGGUAAUGCAUUUCAAGCUUGUUCAUUAGAUAUGAAUGGUUUUGAAACAGCAUUCAAAUUAGUUGAAUGUAUGUUUCGCUCCAAUUAUUUUUCAAAUCCUGAAUAUAGUUCAAAACAAUGUUCACAACAAUUAAAUUUGGAUUAUCAACAAUUGGAUUCAUGUGCAAAUGGACAAAAAGGUUUACAAUUGAUAAGAGAAAUGGCAAAUAAAACACCUAGCCAUCAAUAUGUACCAUGGACAACUGUUCAAGGACGUUUUGUUGAUGGUAAUGUUGAUCUUGUUGAUUAUAUUUGCGAAAAUUAUUUGAAUGGUGUUCCAGCUUGUAAUUAAAAUUGCAAAUUUUAAAAAUCAGUUAAUUUAAAGAAUGAUUUUAUUUUUUUUGAAU